AUGAAUGCUUCGUUUCUCACUUUAAUUCCUAAGAAGUGUAAUUUUGUUAACAUUAAGGACUUUCACCAUAUCAGUUUGGUGGGUAGUGUGUACAAGCUGCUGUCCAAGGUGUUGGCUAACAGGUUAAGGGUGGUUUUGGAUAAUCUCAUCUCUAAGACUCAAAAUUUGUUUGUUGGCGGAAGGCAGAUUCUGGAUUCAGUGCUCAUUGCAAAUGAAUGCCUAGAUAAUAUUGAAAAAGCAUACAACCUUGUGAAUUGGGAGGCCUUGUUUUAUCUGUUGGGCCGGAUGGGUUUUGGGUUGAAAUGGAGGGGGUGGAUUAAGGCUUGUGUUACUUCUGUCCGUUUUUCAAUCCUGGUAAAUGGAUUCCAUGAAGGUUUUUUCGGAAGCUCUCGUGGGCUGAGACAAGGUGACCGAUUAUCCCCGCUUUUGUUUCUCUUGAUAAUGGAGGUUUUAAGCAGACUUUUGAGGAAGACAAAGGAUAGUAAUCUAAUUCGGGGUUUUCAUGUGUUAGCAGUGAAUUCUGUUUUUACGGGUUUGAAGGUCAAUGUUGGGAAAAGUGAGAUUGUCCCUAUUGGGGAGUCUAUCCAGCUCUUGGUGGCCCUGAAAGUGCGUUAUUCUCAGCGGAUUACUAUUCUUAGAGGAAACCAUGAAAGUCGUCAGAUUACUCAGGUUUAUGGAUUUUAUGAUGAAUGUUUGCGAAAGUAUGGCAAUGCUAAUGUGUGGAAGAUCUUUACAGACCUUUUUGACUAUUUCCCAUUGACUGCCUUGGUUGAGUCAGAAAUUUUUUGUCUGCAUGGUGGGCUGUCACCUUCAAUUGAAACCCUUGACAACGUAAGGAAUUUUGAUCGUGUUCAAGAGGUUCCUCAUGAAGGACCCAUGUGUGAUUUGUUAUGGUCUGACCCAGAUGACCGGUGUGGUUGGGGUAUUUCACCUCGUGGUGCUGGGUAUACUUUUGGACAGGAUAUAUCUGAACAAUUCAACCAUACAAACAACCUAAAGUUGAUUGCUAGAGCUCAUCAACUGGUUAUGGAUGGAUUUAACUGGGCCCAUGAACAAAAGGUGGUUACUAUAUUUAGUGCACCCAAUUAUUGUUAUCGCUGUGGGAACAUGGCUUCUAUAUUGGAAGUUGAUGACUGCAGAAGCCACACGUUCAUUCAGUUUGAGCCAGCUCCUAGGAGAGGAGAACCAGAUGUUACCCGCAGAACACCUGAUUAUUUCCUAUAAAACAGCUGUCUUUGUGUCAUAAUGAUAACCGGUUCCUUACCAAACUAGAUAUUCUCAUUACUCUGCUCUGCACCCUUGUGUGGGAGAUAUAAAAUUUAUGACUUCUUCCUUGCCAUGCUUUUCUGGUGGUGGUUGUGGGAGCCCAGUAAGAUGUAUUAUAGGCAGGUAAAAUGCCCACUGAUUUUGUCUUGCACUUUAAACCUUGCUGGAUUUCCUGUCAGAGAGAUUGCCUAGCUGACAGCAUGGAAUGCGAAAUGUAUUAUUUCUACUGGAAGCGUCAGUAUACUUUUUUUUUUUUUUGGUUUCCAAGAAUGAUUGGCUGUAGUGGUGACAAGACAAUUUUGCUUUUCUCAAUUCAAAGUCUACUAGUUUCCAUUUUGAUAACUUGUUCUGAAUUUGUAACUUGGGAGGAG